GCCCCGGGGCAGCCUGGGCUGCUGCUCCCCUCCAACGCCCCGUCUGUCCCCUCCAGGCCUUGUAUCUCCUCCUCCUGGGGUCCCCCCGCUACACCCUGGCGACGCCCCAGUGCAAAGAGGAGGAGUACCCAGUGGGGGCCGAGUGCCGCCCCAAAUGCAGUCCAGGUUACCGCGUGAAGCAGGCCUGUGGGGAGCUGACUGGCACGGUGUGCGUUCCCUGCGCCCCGAGGACCUUCUCAGCCCACCUCAACGGCCUGAGCAAGUGUCUGCCGUGCCGACCCUGUGACCCAGCCAUGGGCCUGGUGAUCAGGCGGGAUUGCUCGAGCACGGAAAACACCGAGUGUGGCUGCGACCAAGGCCACUUCUGCGUUAGCGAGAAGGGGGAUGAUUGUGUCGAGUGCCAGCCCCACACGACCUGCAGACCAGGCCAGAGGGUACAGGAGAGAGGCACCGAGCGGCAGGACACGGUGUGUGAAGACUGCCAGCCCGGGACCUUCUCUCCCAAUGGGACCCUGGGGGAGUGCCGGCCCUGGACCAAGUGCAGCGGCCUCUUUGAGAUGGAAGUGGAACCUGGGACUAGCAGCACAGACGUCACGUGCUCCUCCCGGGGCCUCAGUGUUCUUGUGGACGUUCUCGCACUUGUGUUGGCUGGCCUGAUAGUCCUCUGCGUGUGGAUGAAAAUGAGAAGGACACCUGAUGGAUUCACCCCAGUGAGAUUCCUCUCUCAGUGGACACGUCCUGGUGUAGGACGGUAAGACACAGCCGCCCAGGCCCUGCAGCCCACGCCGGACGUCACCACGGUGGCCGUGGAGGAGACAGCAGCCAUGUUCCCUGAGAGGGAGCAACAUGCUGACUGACAGCCUCAGAUGCAGCCAUCUGAGAAAUCCCUGACUGUGUCUGCCGAGAGCUGCCAGGCCCUCAAGGGCUGAACUGGGGACCAGGGCAGCCGGUAGGACCCACUCCUGGGCUUGCUUCAGACUCCAUCCAGCAGAGACAGAGACAGCCCACUGCUCAGGGGGCUUCGAGGACCCCACACGCCUCCCCACCAAUGACGUUCGAGUCCCCAGCCCUCCCCUCAGCCCUGGGCUGACCACGUGCUGACCCAGCACUGUGAGGACAAUAGCCACAAGCCGCUCUGUGCCCCAGGCCCUGCCUCUCCCCAGCCCUUGUGCCUCAGCCUGCUCAUCUGCAGGAUGGGCCUGCGGGCGCCUACCUCCGGGGCUGGGCCGGGCCAGGAUGGGCCGUGAAGGCCUCAUUAGGUGAACGUUGCGUUCACAAUCGAUUUUUAAAUUGGUGUUGUGUGGCCCAUGCUUUCAUUUGUUAUUAAAAAGUGUGCUUUGGGGAAGCUGC